CGCUGCUGUUGCAGAGCAGAGUCCACAGACUCUCUCGCGCUCUCACCACAGAGAAAUUUAUUUGGUGAGAGAGAGAUGUAUUUAUAGAGACGGACAGAGAGAGAGCGAGAGAGAUCUUUUACUAAGACUUGCAGAUUUCGAUAAGUCCCUCUUAUCAUUAAUUUCGUACUGUGCAAAUUCUACCACUUCAACGGCCACGAUCUUCAGGUCUUCUCAUCGUACGAAUAGGGCUACCUUGUCUCCCUCUUCUACUUCUCUUGUGGAGCAACGAUUUUGGAAGGGAGCAAAUUGUACAUCUUGAUUGAUUGGCUGAUGGAACCUAAUAGUCAUAGGAAAACAAGGAGGGAUCGUUCUGUGCAAGAAAAGUGUGUGAUGAACUCGUUAGACGAUGCUAAUGAACUUGACCCAUGGACCGCAUGGGCAUACAGGCCUCGUACAAUUUCCUUGCUACUUAUUGGCGCAUGUCUUCUUAUUUGGGCAAGUGGAGCUCUUGAUGCAGAUAACAGUUCGUCUGAUGAUCUUGUUACAUCUGUGAAAAGGGGUGUAUGCGCUAUGAUUGUGGUCUUUCUUGCUUAUUGCCUGCUUCAAGCACCUUCAACAGUGCUCAUUAGGCCACAUCCUGCAAUUUGGCGCUUAGUUCAUGGAAUGGCCGUUGUUUACCUUGUUGCACUUACCUUUUUGCUGUUUCAGAAUCGUGACGAUGCUCGGCAGUUCAUGAAAUUUCUACAUCCUGAUCUUGGCAUUGAGCUUCCUGAAAGAUCAUAUGGAUCGGAUUGCCGAAUUUACAUCCCGGACAAUCCUGAAAACAGGUUUAAGAAUGUUUAUGACACCUUGUUUGAUGAAUUUGUCGUAGCUCAUAUUCUUGGAUGGUGGGGUAAGGCCAUAAUGAUACGCAAUCAGCCCCUUCUGUGGGUGUUGUCAAUUGGGUUUGAAAUAAUGGAGCUCACAUUUCGACACAUGUUACCAAACUUCAAUGAGUGCUGGUGGGACAGUAUUAUACUGGAUAUUUUAAUCUGCAAUUGGUUUGGUAUAUGGGCUGGAAUGCAUACUGUACGUUACUUUGAUGGAAAAACAUAUGAGUGGGUCGGUAUAAGUCGACAACCAGAUAUAAUUGGCAAGGUUAAACGAACGUUGGGACAGUUCACACCAGCACAGUGGGACAAAGAUGAAUGGCAUCCUUUGCUUGGUCCAUUGCGGUUCAUCCAAGUUCUGAGCCUUUGCAUUGUCUUCUUGACAGUGGAGCUCAACACCUUCUUUCUCAAGUUCUGUCUUUGGAUUCCUCCUCGAAACCCUUUGAUUGUUUAUAGGUUGGUGUUAUGGUGGCUGAUUGCGAUACCAACCAUUCGAGAGUACAAUUCAUACUUACAGGAUAGAAAACCAGUUAAGAAGGUGGGAACAUUUUGUUGGCUUUCCCUUGCCGUAUGCAUAGUAGAGCUCCUUAUAUGUAUCAAGUUUGGCCAUGGCUUAUUUCCCAAUUCAAUGCCUGUGGGGUUGAUAAUCUUCUGGGUAUCUGUGGGGAUAGCCAUCAUGACAGUCCUGAUCGUGUGGUGUUGGCAGUUGCAUCGAACUUUGGGUAGGAAAAGAGAAUGAUUUUGCCCUUGUGGUAUACCAUUUUUUAUUCUUAUUUUAUGGAUAUAUCCAUCUAAUUUGUACAUAUCUAAUCACCUUCUUGAUCUGUAAAUUUUUUGUUGUUAAUUUGUGAAAGGAGGGAGUGUUAUGUGUUGAGAAUGAUUUUUUUUUCCUGUUUGGUAGUGGAAGAUACUCUUCUAUUUACUGAAAUUUUGCCACCAUUGGUACUCGAGAACAUUUAGAUUUGGUUUAUGAAUCAAUUCAGCAUUUUCCUUC